ACGGAUCCCAAAGAGGCCCCGGGGCCGCCGCUGGAUGGAGUCGGGCUGCAUUCACACAGCAAUGGCUAUGGGUCUGACAUCGAAAAAGGCGUCUGCUCGGAGCGUCGGUGUGGAGCGAAAAAACCUCAUCACGGUUUGCAGAUUCUCUGUAAAGACUCUCCUGGAAAAGUACACCGCAGAGCCCAUAGAUGACUCAUCCGAGGAGUUUAUUAACUUUGCCGCCAUUUUAGAGCACAUCCUCAGCCACAGCUUCAAAGGUAACACUGCAGGUUCAGGAAGCUGGUUCAGCUCAGAUGGACAGCGCAGCUUCUGGGAAUAUAUCCGUCUGGCGUGCAGCAAGGUGCAGAACAACUGCAUCGCCAGCAUUGAAAACAUCGAGAACAUCAGCACAUCCCGAGCAAAGGGGCGCGCAUGGAUUCGAGUGGCGCUGAUGGAGAAACGUCUGUCUGAAUAUGUGUCCACUGCUCUGAGGGACACAAGAACUACCAGGAGGUUCUAUGAUGACGGGGCCAUUAUGCUGAGAGAGGAGGCCCAAGUCCUGACUGGCAUGCUGAUUGGACUGAGUGCCAUUGACUUCAGUUUCUGCCUGAAGGGGGAGACUCUGGAUGGGAAAUCCUCCGCUGUCAUUGACUACACGCCCUACCUGAAGUUCACUCAGAGCUACGACUACCUGAGCGAUGAGGAUGACCGCCGCAGUGUGGACAGCAGUAACAGCGAGGAGAGCGUCCCCGAGCACCCCUACAUCCCUCUGGUGACCGACGAGGAGAGCUGGAGCAACAAGUGUCGCAAGAUGGAGCAGAGGUUUAAGAUCGUCUACGCCCAGAAGGGUUAUCUGGAGGAGCUGGUGCGCCUGCGGGAGUCGCAGCUGAAGAACGUGGAGACGGAGAACAAGCGUCUGCGAGCAAAGGUGGAGGAGCAGGCGGCCCAGAGCCGACAGGAGAAGGAGGAGCUGGAGGCCGUCGUGCUCGAGCUGCAGGCACAACUCACUGCCCUCAUGCCCUGUGAUUCCUCCCAUCUGGCUAAACAUCUUUCCAUCCCGCUGGUCAACCAGUGGUCCACCAUCUCAAACAACCAGGGCGACGUCAAGCUCUUCCGCAGAUGCAAUUCAUGUAAAGAACUUCAUUAUGAUUAUGAUGAUGUUUUUUGUCCAUCCAGAAGGAGUUUCCAUAGUUUGGAGCAACUUUCUGGUGACGUGAGUCUGAACUCCGAUGGGAGGGCCGAUGGGAGACACAACGGAAAUAUUGCCUGGAAUUCAGAAGGAAAAGACAAUACUCCCUCCAUGCUGGGUCUGUGUGGCUCUCUGGCGUCUCUACCAAGCUCCAAGUCCCUGGCCAGCCUCAAGUCCAGCGAGUGUUUGGUCAACAUCAGCACUGAACCCAGCCCUGCGCUCACUCCCAGCUAG